AUGAAAGAUAAGUUGCAUGUUGAUGAAGAAUAUGCAAUUUACUUUAACAAAACAUACAGUAACAAUGCAAUGAGAUAUCAUGUGUUGAAAACUAGUAGUAUUGAUAAUAUUUCAUAUCCUUCCUAUGAUUUUAUGAUGUUGAAUGUGACAAGCAUACAGAAGGAGGGUUAUGGAAUUAUUGACACAAUGGUUGUAGAUCAUGGUAAUGGUGGACUUUUAAUAAAUAAUGCAAUCAAACCCAAUUUAAAAACCAAUGGGAGUCUUAGCUGGUCAAUUCAAGGCUUGUGGUUUCGUUUUAUACAAUCUCUUCUUAUGCAAGAAUUAAAUAUGACAGCAAAUGGAACUUUUUUUGAGUCACCUGUUCUUAAAGUUAAUUUUGAGGAGCCAAAAACUGUUAAUUCAGGAAAAUCACUUAAUAGUUAUUUUGAUUCUGAUGUUAAAUUUAACUCAACACUUAGCUUGUAUGCUUUAAUUGACUGUGCUAGUGUAGUUGAAGCAAGUGGAACCCUUAAUAUUGCUGAAAUGAAUCCUUGGUGGGGAGGAGUUGAAUUUGGAGAAAAACUUCCUAAUAAUAGUUUUUUAGUAAGUGAAAAUACUCUUUUGUUACCAGCAGGAACUUCCAACAUAUGGGAUAUCGAUGCAAAUGCUGCUUCUGCUCCUGUUAUUGCAGUUGACAUGAUGCGUAAGCUUGAGGAUAGUUUAAAAGGUUAUCGAGGAGAUGGGAUUGGAAAUUUGGCGUUAUUACAACAAUGGAAAGAAGAGGGAUUAACUGAAAAGGAUAUAAGUGGUAUGUACAAACGCCAGUGGAAUGAUAUUAUGAUCAAUAUGGUGACUCCUACCAACCAGGCUAAAAUCGUUGGUACCACUCAAUUUACGGUGAACAAAACAUGCUAUGAUGUACAGUUUGCUACACAGUACUUGAUAGCCAUGUUUGGUCUAAUAAUUAUAUUCUACAUACUUUUAGCAAGCCUUAGAAAUGUAGAUGCUUUCAAUUCAUUGAUUAAAAUUAGACAUGUCGUUCAACAAAUGGAUCUUGGUAAAGUAAUAAUAAAUGUACUGGAAUAUGGAGAGGCAAACACAGUUGGCCCAUCACAAUAG